UUUUCAUACCCAGCGUGUGCUGCACUACUGAACACAUCACAGUCUCAGGGGACAGUCACACAGAGACAACACCAAGAUAACAGAGACAAGAGACAGAGGACGGAAGGUGAAACCCUUAACUGGAGAUCGUGCCUGCUGCGCUGUCAAAAUGAGCAAAAAAGGAACCCCUCUGUCUAAGCAACAAUCAACACCCAACUUUGGGAGGGAAAUGCCGCGUCAGUUCACCAAGAUCUCUCUCCACGACGUGGAUGAGAAUAUUCGACUGCUGGCAGAGAAAGUGUACGCUUCAGCUCUGAAGGAAGAGGACACUAAGAACACCUUCUCCAUGUUCACCGUCCCCGAGGACUGUCCCAUUGGUCUGCAUCAGGCUAAGGAGUGGGAGCUACGCAAAGAGCUGGAAGAGCAGAAGUCGGAGGAAUCGGUCAAGAGGAAACAGAGUUUCAAGCUGAUGCGGUCCCAGUCCCUGCACAUCCCCGUGGCUCCCGACUGGGCCAUGUCUGUGAUUUCACCCCUUUUGACCCCAUCCGCACCUGAAGGACAGAUGGCUGUCAAUAUCCCAGAAUUCCAGAGGGUCACCAUCAGUGGAGACUACUGUGCAGGGAUAACGGUUGAAGACUAUGAGCAGGCAGCCAAAUCCCUGCUGACAGCACUCUUCAUCAGAGAAAAAUAUUCCCGGCUGGCAUAUCACCGCUUCCCCAGGACCGCAGCCAAGUUUCUAAGGAGUGCCAAUAAUGAAAAGUGGAGUGAGGAGGAAGAAGUGCUGCCAGAUAUCUGUCCCUCCCCAAGUGAGGGUGAGGAUCCCUACAGUAUGGAAGACCUUCCACAGAAUCUCAACUAUUCCCUUAGGAUGAAAGAUGGAAUCAUAUACGUCUAUGAUAACGAGGACGCAUUAAAACAGGAUCUGCCACGGAGCUUGCCAUAUCCUGACCUGGAAACCUUUGCUAUCGAUUUGAGCCACGUCCUUGCCAUGAUUGCAGACGGACCAACGAAGACCUAUUGUCACCGACGGCUUAACUUCCUGACCUCCAAGUUCCAACUGCAUGAAAUGCUGAACGAGAUGGCAGAGUUAAAGGAACUGAAGUGUGUUCCUCACAGAGAUUUCUACAACGUCAGAAAGGUUGACACGCACAUUCACGCAGCAGCCUGCAUGAACCAGAAGCAUCUUCUGAAGUUCAUCCAGGACAGCUAUCAGACAGAAGCGGACCGAGUGGUGCUGGAUAAGGGUGGAAAGAAGGUCACCCUCAAACAGGUCUUUGACACUCUCAAAAUGGACCCUUAUGACCUCACAGUGGACUCACUGGAUGUGCAUGCGGGCAGACAAACCUUUCACCGCUUUGAUAAAUUCAAUUCCAAAUACAACCCGGUUGGUGCAAAUGAGCUCAGAGAGAUCUACCUCAAAAGCGAUAACUAUAUCAACGGAGAGUAUUUUGCACGUCUGAUCAAGGAAGUUGCUCAUGACCUAGAGGAGAGUAAAUAUCAGCACGCAGAACCCCGCCUCUCCAUUUACGGACGAGCACCAGAGGAGUGGGAAAGUCUGUCCAGAUGGUUCAUCAUGCAAAAGCUGCACUCCCCUAACAUGAGGUGGAUGAUACAGGUGCCCAGGAUCUAUGACAUUUUCAGAUCAAAGAAGAUUAUUGCCAACUUCGCCAAGAUGCUGGAAAACAUCUUCCUUCCACUGUUUCAGGCCACUGUAAAUCCUCAGAAACACAAAGAAAUGCACGUCUUCCUCAAACAUGUGACCGGGUUCGACAGUGUGGAUGAUGAAUCCAAACACAGUGAUCACAUAUUCAACUAUAAGAGUCCAAAACCUGAAGAGUGGACCUCCGAGGAAAACCCACCCUACACAUACUACCUCUUCCACAUGUAUGCCAACAUCAUGGUUCUCAACAACCUAAGAAAGGAGCGUGGUAUGAAUACCUUUCUGUUUCGUCCUCACUGUGGUGAAGCAGGAUCCAUCACUCAUCUGGUCUCCGCUUUCCUCACAGCCGACAACAUCUCUCAUGGACUCAACCUUAAGAAGAGUCCUGUGCUGCAGUACCUUUAUUACUUGGCCCAGGUUCCCAUUGCCAUGUCUCCUCUCAGCAAUAACAGUCUGUUCCUGGAGUACUCCAAAAAUCCCCUGCGAGAGUUCCUGCAGAAAGGCCUGUGUGUUUCCCUCUCCACAGACGACCCACUACAGUUUCACUACACAAAGGAAGCCUUGAUGGAGGAAUACGCCAUAGCAGCACAGCUGUGGAAACUGAGCACAUGCGAUACAUGUGAGAUCGCCAGAAACAGUGUGCUUCAGAGCGGCCUGUCACAUCAGGAGAAGAAAUACUACCUGGGUGAGAAUUAUCUAGAGGAUGGACCAGAAGGAAAUGACAUCCGUAAGACGAAUGUGGCGCAGAUCCGUAUGGCCUAUCGGCAUGAGACACUGUGCAAUGAGCUCAGCUUCCUAGUGGAAGCCGUCAAGUCAGAAACAGUGGCAGCACAAGCCCCGUAAACAUAGCAGGGUGACAGACAGGGUAAAGCUUGGGUUCAUACGAAUGGACCAGAUGUCAGUAUAAAAUCUUGCGACAGGUCAUGCACUAAAGAGUCAUGAAAAAUACACAUCAUUCUAGAAUGCAAGAUAAAGAGCCAUGCAUCUUAUUGAUGAUGCACAUAUCACUUCCCAUGGUGCCUUAAAGGUGUUGGAUAUAAACAUUUCAUAUAGCAAAUCUGUUUGUUUUCCUUUUU